UUGAUCUAUGGUACGUCAGCAAAUGGACCACGUGAUCAAAUGGAACCACGUGAUGUCAGUUGUGUUGGUGUAUCUCUGGCGAAUCCCACAGGACAGUGAUGGUGUCUGAAGGGUUCUUUGAGAGUGACGUUGGACGCUAUUGUUCCUCUGGAAAGAAGAAGGGCAACAAGAAGGAAGUUCGCUCCUUGGUUUAACCCUCAAAGCCAGAACUUAAAGCAAACUGUGCAGAAACUUGAACGGUUAUGGCGUUCCACCAAAUCAGAAGGAUCUAGGCUAGUUUGGCAAGACAGCGUUAAAACAUAUAAGAAGGCUCUACGUAACGCAAGAGCAUCUUAUUACUCCUCAUUAAUAAAGAAAAAUAAAAACAAGUCCCGGUUUCUCUUCAGCACUGUAGCCAGACUGACAGAGAGUCACAGCGCUGUCGAGCCGUGUAUUCCUGUGGACCUCAGUAGUAACGGCUUUAUGAACUUCUUCAAUAAUAAUCUUCAGACUAUCAAAGAGAAAAUCGAUGUCUCCUGCCCCCAACCAGAGCCGACCUGUCCUCAGAUGUAGGAACCUUGGAUGCAGCAGUGGGCCCUGAUACUUGAAUGGCUUCUCUUCCAUCAACCUUGAUCAACUGACUUCUACAAUUUCAAAAUCUUAACUCUUCUCCUCUCUUGUGUCUUUGAUCCGUUUCCGACUAAGAUGCUUAAGGAAGUUUUUCCUUUAAUUAGCUCAUCUUUACUGGAUAUUAUGAAUCUUCUUCUUCUUUGCUGACACGACAUGUACCACAGUCCUUCAAUGUGGCUGUAAUUAAACCUCUUAAGAAGAUAUCUUGAAGAAUCUAAAUAAUUAGUUCAUUUUCUUUGACGUCGGCAGUAGCGUCCCUUAUUUCUCUGUACUUUAAGUGGUAACCCUAAGCCCCGCUAUGCUAAGCUAGCUGCUAGGCUACUUUCAUCUCAACAUCUAGCCUGCACGGCACAGUCUGUAGAGGACCACCACUGGUUCCCUGAAAAACAAUUGCUUAGAAAACGUCCUGCAGACUUGUGAUGCGCUGAUUGGCCAUUACAGCGUGCGCUACAAAACAAUGACGCGGUAUAGGACAUUUCUUUAUCACUUCAUUGACAUUGCAGUAGUGAACAGCCAUCUGCUCCACAUGGAGCUGUUCAUGCUGAGGCAAGACCCGACCCAGGCUAAGCCUAAGACCAACAAGGCCCUCAGGGAGCAGGCUGCCGUGACCGUCCAGGACAGCUGCUAUGAAGUCCAGAGGUUCCUCCUCCUGGAGGGAGAAAGACCUCAGCUCCAUCUGGAGCAGGAUAAGCAGAGGAGUGUCGAUAAGAAGAAAUUGGAAGUAGAGAAGAGGGGUUUAGAGAGGAAGAAGGAGGAGGUGGAUGAGGUCCAGAAGCUCCACGUGAAGCUCAAACAGGUGCAGCAACGUUGGGACAAAGAGUGUCUGGCCAGAGACAAACGACAGUGCCAGCAGGAGAGUGUGCUGGAGCAGCGGGAGCAGCGGUGCCUCCUAGAGGCCGAGCGGCUGCGCUGCGAGCGUGAGGAGCUCGAGGCUCAGCUGCUGGAGUACCAGCAGAGCCUGGAGCGACUGAGGGAGGGCCAGAGGAGCGUGGAGAAGGAGAAGAUCGAAGCCCAGCAGAGGCUGCUGCAGCACUGGAGACACCACCGGCAGAGCAGCCUGCCCGUGACUAUACCGCUGGAUGGGUACAAGGUGUCCGGCCACAGCCGCUCGGGCAGCCUGGACGGCAACCUUUCUGUGUACGAGAACCAGGCCUCCAUGCUCGCAUCCCUCCAGCAGAGUCACCCCCCCCCCCGCCGCCGCCCCGCUGACGACAACCAGCAGCAGCAUCUGCUCUCUGCCGUGUCAGGACAGAACUGCGGCGCCAACCUGGGCCUGAGCGCCAGCCUGUACAACAGCCUCAACACCCUGCUGAGCCAGGCGCACAGCAAGCCGCCUCCGGAUGGUCGCACGUGCCCCCGGCCUCGGAACGACCUCCCCCGGGCCCUCAGCGGCAGGAUCAGCACCCAGCAGCAAGGGACCAACAGCGCCUGCUUCAAAGCCUCCACCAUCAUCACUGUUCCCAAGAAGCCCAGGAUCACAGGACUGAAUGACUACAGGCCCGUCGCACUGACCUCUGUAGUCAUGAAGUCCUUUGAACGGCUAGUCCUGUCCCACCGUAAGUUCCUCACCGACCCCCCUCCUGGACCCCCUGCAGUUCGCCUACAGAGCCAACAGGUCUGUAGACGAUGCUGUCAACAUGGCCCUCCACUUCAUCCUCCAGCAUCUGGACUCCCCAGGAACCUACGCCAGGAUCCUGUUUGUGGACUUCAGCUCUGCCUUCAACACCAUCAUCCCGUCUCUACUGCAGGAAAAACUCUCCCAGCUGCACGUGCCCGACUCCACCUGCAAGUGGAUCACUGACUUCCUGUCCGGCAGGAAGCAGCACGUGAAGCUGGGGAAACACGUCUCUGCCUCUCGGUCCAUCAGCACCGGUUCCCCCCAAGGCUGCGUUCUUUCCCCUCUGCUCUUCUCCCUGUACACCAACAACUGCACCUCCAGU